AUGAGCUACGCCUAUCCACGCAGCACACGCUCUUCCUCACUACCCUCGUUCACCCCGCGUGUCUCCUCCAGUUACCAUAACAUCCUGAACAACGCCCGAGACCUAAUACCACCCGCUGCGAAGCAAUGGAUGGCGGAAGGGAGAGCUCCUUGGCGGACGGGCAGGCCCCCGAGCAGGGAUGAGAUCAAAACCUCUGUGCUGCGAACGGUGAAGGGGUUGUUCACGGUUGUCAAUGCCCUGAUCAUUCUCUGGGUCUUCACUCUGUGGCGAGGGGAGCGGACUGUGUUCGAGGAAAGCCUGGCAGCAUGUACAUGGGACAGCUGGGAGAGAUGGCCACAUGAUGCUACGCCUCAUCAUGUCGCUUUCAUCUCCGACCCUCAGCUCGUCGAUCCUCACACUUACCCCGGGCGCCCGUGGCCUCUUUCGACUUUGACGGUCAAAUACACCGACCAAUAUCUCCGACGAUCAUUUUCCCUUAUCCAGGAGCGUCUUUUACCGGACUCGGUUCUCUUUCUUGGCGAUCUGUUUGACGGUGGUAGAGAAUGGGCAACAGCUACGAGCUCGAGCCCAGAGGAACGGUACAAGGGCAUCAAGGAUUCCUUUUGGAAGAAAGAAUACGGCCGAUUCAGGAAGAUUUUCUCGGACCAGCUGGAUAAAGGCGAGUCGCCGCCACCUGAUGGCCGUGGCCGCAGGAUGAUCGCUAGUCUGCCGGGUAAUCAUGACCUGGGGUUCGGCACUGGCAUUCAAGAACCAGUACGGGCACGCUUCGAGACUUUUUUUGGAGAGAGCAACCGGGUUGAUGUCAUUGGGAACCACACCUUUGUCUCUGUCGACACCGUAUCCCUCAGUGCGAUGGAUCAGCCUGAUCCGAAGACGGGCAGCUCGGGCACGAUUGAAGGCGAUCCGGCAGAGAUGGAUCGUCCAAUUUGGAAAGAUGCAGAUGAGUUCUUGGAUCAAGCGGCUUCUCACAAGGCCAAGGCUGAGACUAGGGAACUCCGCAUGUUGCAAGGACAGGACGAGGGGGUCCGCUUCGAUCAUCGCGCUGUUGACGCGACGGAACCGUCUAUCCGCGAAACCCCUCAGUCGGCGGGGAUUGGUCUACCCACCAUUCUUCUGACGCAUGUUCCGCUCUAUCGGAAACCGGCUACUCCCUGUGGUCCUCUUCGAGAGCGCUAUCCGCCAUCCUCGCCGAAUCUGGAAGAGGAUGAACCAAACGCUCUCAAAAUCCAGGGCGGGUACCAGUACCAAAAUGUCCUGACCUCGACUAUUUCAAAUGAGUUGGUGUCCAAAGCAGGCCCGAACCUCGUUCAGGUCUAUUCGGGCGACGACCAUGACUACUGCGAGGUCUCCCAUCGCGAGUUCAACGGCUCACCGAAAGAAAUCACCGUCAAAAGCCUGUCUUGGGCAAUGGGAGUUCGGAAACCAGGCUUUGUCCUCACCAGCCUCUGGAAUCCCAUUGACCCAGAGACAGGCAAGGCGCUUCGAGACGGAUCGCCCACUAUCCAAAACCAUCUCUGCCUUCUCCCCGACCAACUAGGCAUCUUCAUCCACUACGGCUGCAUCCUCGGCCUCACCCUCCUUACUCUUUUCCUACACUCCGUCUACCGUGUCACAUAUGUCUCCAUUCCACCCCCCUCGAACGGCUCCGUCCUCCCUCUCUCUGAGCGACGCCCUUAUCCUCAACAGUACCACUCCUCCGGUAUGUCCAGCUCCACCUUGCCGUCGCCAGGCGGCGGUCUCGCCAGCCGUGGCGGUCCAACAGCUGUCACUCGGUAUCCUGGUAAAGCAUCUUACUCUGACGCUUAUUAUCCGGUUUUAGACCGCGAUGAUGCUGGCUAUUCGGCCGAUGCAAAGGAGAAGGUGCCUUUCCGGCCAUCUUCCUCCAAGCUAGGAAUCAGGCCCGCUGCGAUCCUGAUCGGAAGGGAGAUGUUGCGUUCCGUCAGGGGCGUGGCGCGGGUGGUUCUUGUUGUGUAUUUCUUUUUGAUUUGGCGCUGGUAA